CAACCACUAACUCAUUCAGCAGAGAGAGACCCGGGGCUGCCAGCACUUUGAGGGAAGAUAAGUGAAUGGAAAGACCAAGGAGAAAGAGGGUGGGUUUAUAGCAGCCAGUCGACAGAAGGAUUUUUGCAAAACUCUCUCUCUCUCUCAAAGUCAAACUCUUAGCAGGUUCCUUAGGGAGCCAGGGUUAGAGCUCACCAGCCCCCAACUUCACAAUAUUCGAUUAGGAAUUUGGGGGCGGGACCCCUGGCUGGCACACACCAGCACACUCUCUUUUUCUACACACACACACACACACACACACACACACACACACACACACACACACACUCACACGUCUACCAAUCCACAGAAGACCAGACGGAGAAACGUGGUCGCUUUCUAAGAGAGAGACAACUCUUUAGGUACCAGAGACAAAAUGCGGUGGGUGUCCCUCCUGCUUGUGUCUGGGCUUUGCUCCAUCUCCUGGGCCCAGUAUGAAGAUGACACCCAGUGGUGGUUCCACUACCUCCGAAGCCAGCAGUCGACAUAUUAUGAUCCCUAUGACACUUAUGAGCCCUAUGAGCCCUAUCCCUACGGAGGCGGAGUGGAAGAAGGUCCCGCCUACGCCUAUGGAAGUCAGCCUCCCCCAGACCCCCGGGAUUGCCCCCAGGAAUGUGACUGCCCUCCCACCUUCCCCACCGCUAUGUAUUGUGACAACCGAAACCUCAAGUACCUGCCUUUUGUCCCUUCUCGAAUGAAGUACGUCUACUUCCAGAACAACCAGAUCUCCACCAUUCAGGAAGCCGUCUUUGACAACGCCACCGGACUCCUCUGGAUCGCUCUCCAUGGCAACCAGAUCACCAGCGAUAAGGUGGGCAGGAAGGUCUUCUCCAAGCUGAAGCACCUGGAGAGGCUGUACCUGGACCACAACAACCUGACCCGCAUGCCCGGCCCCCUGCCCCGGUCCCUGAGGGAGCUCCAUCUGGACCACAACCAGAUCUCUCGGGUUCCCAACAACGCUCUGGAGGGGCUGGAGAACCUGACAGCCCUGUACCUGCAGCACAAUGAGAUCCAAGAGGUGGGCACCGCCAUGAGGGGUCUGCGAUCGCUGAUCAUGCUGGAUCUGAGCUACAACCACCUCCGGAGGCUGCCGGACGGGCUGCCCGCUGCCCUGGAGCAGCUCUACCUGGAGCACAACAACGUCUACACCGUUCCAGACAGUUAUUUCCGGGGGUCCCCCAAACUGCUCUAUGUGCGCCUGUCUCACAACAGCCUUACCAACAACGGGCUGUCCACCAACACCUUCAAUGCCAGCAGCCUCCUUGAGCUCGACCUCUCCUACAACCAGCUACAGAAGAUUCCACCCGUCAAUACCAACCUGGAGAAUCUCUAUCUUCAAGGCAACCGGAUCAAUGAGUUCUCCAUCAGUAGCUUCUGCACUGUGGUUGAUGUCAUGAACUUCUCCAAGCUCCAGGUGCUGAGACUGGAUGGGAAUGAGAUCCAGCGCAGUGCUGUCCCUGUUGAUGCUCCCCUGUGCCUUCGCCUGGCCAGCCUCAUUGAGAUCUGAUCCAG